CCAGGACCUGUUGAUCGCAGGUGUCACUGUCCUGACUGGCCCCUGGGUGUUGAGGCGUGUGCGCAUGCUCCGUGCGCAGGGUCGAGCUCUGGGCGGCGGAGACCAGUCGCCUCUGCUCCAGUUCCCGGUGAGUCUCGGUUACGGUGGUGGCUGUUGGUGUGUCAGCUUGGUGUCGGCUUGAGGCGGAGCUGGGUCAGCGGGAGGAAGCCCUGUGAAAGUAGAAGGCCCGUAUUUCUCUACCUGGACCGCGCUCUCCUCUCGCUAAAAGGGCCGAGCUCAAGAUUUGCUUUGAGGUCACAUUGAUACGAAAUAUGGAGUCACCUUUAAUAACUUCACCUGGGAAAGAGAGUCUUCUUAUUAAAAAAACAUAAGGAAAACAAAUGACCAAAGGAAUUAUACCAAAUGCCAACUCUACAUCUUUUUGUAUCAUCUGUUUUUUAAACUAUCAAGACAAAUGACUUGUGUUUUACAGAAUAUGAUUUGUUCAUCGACGUUAUUUUUAGCAGUUUUUAAAAAAUGUUUUUCGUCUUAAACUAUACAACUCCUAUCAAAUUUAACACAAAGAUUUUAAAAUCUGUAAGGCCUUGUUUAAUAUAGCUUUUUUCUUUAGCUUUCAGAACAUCAAAGCUUAUGUACCCUAUUUUUACUUGACAAAAUCCUCAAAACUUUACAGUAUCGAGAAAGAUAUGGACUUGGGAACUUACAUUAUUGUAAUAGACUGCAACGAAUUUAAGUGGAAUUCAAGACAUCAUCCAUUUUAUCAUCAGAAGUAUCACAUAAAGUUAUAAUUCUUAGCUUUAAUGAAAACAAAAUUGCUUGAAAAUGGCAUGGGUAAAAUUCUUACGGAAACCAGGUGGCAAUCUUGGAAAAGCUUACCAACCCGGGAGUAUGCUAUCCCUAGCCCCUACCAAAGGCUUGUUAAAUGAACCAGGACAAAACAGCUGCUUUCUUAAUAGUGCUGUACAGGUUUUAUGGCAAUUAGAUAUAUUUCGAAGAAGCUUGCGGGUUCUGACUGGACAUGUUUGUCAGGGAGAUGCCUGUAUAUUCUGUGCAUUGAAGACAAUAUUUGCACAGUUUCAACACAGUCGAGAAAAAGCGCUUCCCUCAGAUAACAUAAGGCAUGCUCUUGCGGAAAGCUUCAAAGAUGAGCAGCGAUUCCAGCUUGGCCUUAUGGAUGAUGCUGCAGAGUGCUUUGAAAAUAUAUUGGAGAGGAUUCAUUUUCACAUAGUGCCAAGCAGAGACGCGGACAUGUGUACCUCUAAAUCUUGUAUCACUCACCAGAAGUUUGCUAUGACUCUGUAUGAACAGUGUGUGUGUCGUAGCUGUGGAGCAUCAUCGGAUCCUCUGCCCUUCACAGAAUUUGUGAGGUACAUUUCUACAACAGCUCUGUGCAAUGAAGUUGAAAGAAUGAUGGAAAGGCAUGAACGCUUUAAGCCCGAAAUGUUCGCAGAAUUGCUGCAAGCAGCAAACACAACUGAUGACUACAGGAAGUGCCCUAGUAACUGUGGCCAAAAAAUAAAAAUUCGGCGUGUUUUAAUGAACUGCCCAGAGAUUGUUACAAUUGGUUUAGUCUGGGAUUCUGAGCAUUCUGACUUGACUGAAGAUGUUGUUCGGAAUCUAGCAACGCAUCUUUAUCUUCCUGGGCUUUUUUAUAGGGUUACUGAUGAAAAUGCCAAAAAUAGUGAACUUCACCUUGUUGGCAUGAUUUGCUACACCAGCCGACAUUAUUGUGCCUUUGCUUUUCAUACCAAGAGUUCCAAAUGGGUAUUUUUUGAUGAUGCAAAUGUAAAAGAGGUUGGAACUAGAUGGAAAGAUGUGGUCUCCAAGUGUAUCCGAUGCCAUUUCCAGCCAUUGCUUUUGUUUUACGCAAACCCGGAUGGCACAGCAGUUUCCACUGAAGAUGCGCUCCGGCAGGUCAUCAACUGGUCGCAUUAUAAAUCCAUUGCAGAAAAUAUGGGAUGUGAGAAGCCCUCAAUUUAUAAGUCAGAUAAUUCAAAAGAAAAUGGAUUUGGUGAUCAGAUAAAACAGAGAGAAAAUCAGAAAUUUCAAGCAGAUAAUAUUUCAUCAUUUAAUCGGAGCCAUAUUCAAACAAGUGGUGGUAGAGGACCAGUUAAAUUAAGUCACAAUGAUCAAAGGGAAAAAAUAAAAGACAUUUCCAGAGAAUGUGCUCUGAAAGCCAUUGAACAAAAGAACUUACUUUCCUCACAAAGGAGAGAUUUGGAAAGGGGACAAAGAAAAGAUUUGGGCAGGCAUAGAGAUUUGGUUGAUGACGACCUUCCACAUUUCAAGUCUGGAUCACCUCCUGCCCCAAAUGGCUUUAGACAAUAUGGGAGUCCACAUCUGUAUCAUAGUCAAGGAAAAGGACCGUGCAAACAUGACCGAAUUGCCCAGCAGAGUCGAGCUUCUGCACAAACGUUAAGUUCAAGUAAAUCCCAGAUUCUUGCUCCAGGAGAGAAAAUAACUGGCAAAGUUAAGAGUGACAGUGGCACUGGAUAUGAAACAGACAGCAGCCAAGAUUCUAGGGAUAAAGGGAGCAGCUAUAACGGUAGCAGUAAAAGCCGGAACCGAGGUUGGAAACCUAUGAGAGAAACAUUAAAUGUUGAUAGUAUUUUUGAUGAAAGUGAAAAAAGGCAGCACAGUCCAAGACAUAAGUCAAAUAUUAGUAACAAACCUAAAUGUAGCAAAGAUCAAAGUUUUAAUGAUUGGCCAAAACAGAAUCCAAAGCAAAAAUGUUUAAUGACUAUAUAUGAAGAUGAAAUGAAGCAGGAAACAGGAAGCAGGAGUUCCCUUGAAUUUAAUGGAAAAGGAGCAGACAAAAAUAAAGGCCUCAAAGUUCAUGGUGACAAUUGGCAGAUGCAAAGGACUGAAUCUGGAUAUGAAAGCAGUGAUCAUAUCAGUAAUGGAUCUGCUAAUUUGGACUCACCUGGUAUCGAUGGAAAUGGUACAGUAAUGGAUAUCAGUGGUGUUAAAGAAACAGCAUCCUUCAGUGACCAGAUUAAGACAGGCAACCUAAACACAGAACGUGUGAACUGUACCUCCCAACAGAGCAAAAACCACUUGGAAGGUUUUAGAAAAGAAUUCAAGAACUUGGAAGUAGGCUGUAAAUCUGAGUUCCACCCAGAAUCACAUCUACAAAUAAAAAAUCCAUUGAUAAAAAGGUCACAUAUACGUGAAGCCAAUGGAAAGUUAUUCCCUUCGUCCAGUUCACAAACACUCAAGGACCAUACAGGAAGACAGCAGACCCACCAGACAGAUGAACAGAAACUUGAAAGAUCAAGUGAAUGCAAAUUUUCCGAGUGGCUUAAAACAGAAAAUUCUGAGAGAACAGGCUUGCUUUUUUCCACUGAUGAUAAUUCUGCUUCUGGAAAGAGAGUGAACAGUAAUGAAACAGUCUCAUCAUCUUCAUUGUGGUCGUCACACAUGAGAACUGUGGAGUUAAAGCCAGAUACUGCUCCCCUCCUCCAGCAGCAGAAUAUGCUGGAGCAGUGUUCCUCUGAGAACUCUUUACCCAGGGAAUGUAUAAUUCCGUCAACUUGCAGAUCUGAUGGUUGUCAGAUGCCAAAACUUGUUUGCCAGCAUCCACCACCCCCUCUGCCACCAAAGAAAUAUGCUACAGCCAGUGUGCCACAGUCAGAGAAAAGUGAUUCUACACCUGAUGUCAAACUUACGGAGAUGUUUAAAACUAAUUCUUCUAGUCUUCCAAAACACAGUUUAAGUACAGCUUCAGAACCAGGUCUAGAAGUGAGCACAUAUAUAAAUGAUGAAAGACCUAAUGAACCAUUUCAAGGAAAAGAGCGUGUUGGCAACACACCAGACUCACCAUCUAGCUCUUUCACUAGUAAUUUCCAGGCAGACUCGGGUACAGUUGUUGAUGCUUUUUGCCAACCAGAAAUAGACUCUGGUUCUACCGGUCCAAGUGAGACAGUUUCAUUAACUACCUAUUUUUCAGUUGAUAACUGCAUGACUGAUACGUAUAGAUUGAAAUACCAUCAGAGGCCCAAGCUCUGUUUUCCAGAGAGCAGUGGCUUUUGUAAUGAUAAUUCACUGUCUCAGAGUGAAAGAGAGCUAGGACCUGUGUUACAUAGUGGCCUUGGUUCAAAUUGCCCUUCUGGGCAAAGAUAUAAACCUGGUAUACAUUGUAAUAGAUAAACAAUGAAACCGGCAAGCUUAUAUUUAUCAGAGACCGUUAACCAUUAAUUGACUGACCAAACCUAGUGAUAUAUGAAAUUAAAAACCAUGGCAUUUUUAAAGUCAUUAAUCACUUUAACUUUCCAUAUAGCUAUUUUAUUUUUUUUGAAGAUAAGCUUAUUGGAUAUUUUAGAAAUUCCCUCUCAAUUGUCUUGGCAUAUCUCAAAAAAGAGAAAAGCAGGGGAUAUGCAAAAAUGUCAUUCAUCAUAUACUGCAGUUGAGUAGAACUGUAAUUUAUCUGCUUUAUUUUCUGACUAGUAGACCCGUAAGUAUUAAACCAGUACUCAUAUGUAGAUUGGAAAACUCUGCUAACUGAAAGGUAUCAGGUGAUAGUUUGUAUAGUCAAAGCAGUAUUGCUUUGUGAAGAAGCACUUUCUAAUGGGUAGCCAAAAGAGGACUUCACCCAUUUGCUUUUGACUUCUGUGAUAGUCUACUACAUAUGGCCCCUUUAAGUGUCUUAAGAAAAUGUUGACCCAUGAAAUUGAUAGCAUUUGGAAAAAAAGCCUUAAUGAUAAAGCAGUUUUUAAAUUAAAUUCUCAAGGUCAGAAAAGACUUAACUUUGCUCCUAGAAUUUUUGUUUUCAGAAUGCCUAGUUAACAUAAAUUAGGCCUUUGUUAUAGUAUGCAUUUAUAAAUAUUAUUUCAGCCAUGUAAGCUAAAAAUAAUCACUUCACUUUGGUAUAUUUAUUUAUCUUGUUACAAUUUUUUCUAAUUUUAUAUGAAAUGUGAAAGAUUUUUAUUUUGGUUUGGUUUACUUUGGGCCACUAAUAACCAGUGUUAGGAAUUAACCUAAGGCUCUCUAAAUAAGAAUAUCACUGUGACUGCCUAAAUUUUCCCUACUAUAAUCUUAUCUGUUUAUAGGUUGUCAGCCCACUUUAGUGAUUUUCAUACUCUUAAAUUGGAAAAUCUUUCUGGGUUUUCAGAUUAAAUUUCUGCCUUUCAUAUAGAAGAUUUGAUUUUAAUGAAAUGUAUUAAUUUGAGCAUGCCUCCCUUUUUUCUAGUCUAAACCAAUAGUAAUUUUACUCCACCUACUUCCAUGGAGAAGGCUUUCUUUUAAAAAUAAAGGAAUUUUCCAAUAUUAUGAUGACCUUACCAGUGAAAAUAAGUACUUUAAUUGCCUUAUUUCACAGUUGUCAUUUAGUUUUAUACUAAGCUGGUAAACUAAUUGUGGUUUAGAAUAGUUUUAUAUUGUUCACUUAUUAUAGAAAUAAAAUUACAGAAUCAUAGAAAUGAAAUUUUCCUUACAUUCAUCAAUGGAUAAAUUUUACAGAUAAAAUGUAAUAAUUCCAUAAACUAAUUAGUAAAUUUAAUAUUUUGACCUAAAUCAUUAAAAUAUUCCACAAUGUAAAUGAUUAAAAAUGAAUAAUUCUAGAUAAGUAGAAAAUAAUUGCUUGUAGAAGUCUAAACUCACACACUUAUCAAGUCUUGGCCAAAUUUUGUCUUCCACCUAGAGAAAUUUUUAGUAACCUUUUCUAAUUAUAACAGUAGGUGAUUAUUACUUUAUGUUCUCUUAAUUUAGAAACACUUGAAUAUCAACUAAAUAAAAUUUUAUCUUUAAGAAAGCUUAUUUUUAAUAUAGUUUCUAGUAUGGAGGGUUUGUAAAUGUUGUAAAGUUUGUAAAAUUGUAUUUGAAAUGUCAGUGUAUUUAAUUACUGCUUUUGUAACACUAAAAUACUAGAAAAAUGAGCUCCAAGUAUUUUUAAUAACUUUCAAAAACUUUGUGUACUUCAUUUUUGGUUUAUGUCCAGUUGAAAAUGCAUUAUUUGAAACAUUUAAACUAAUUUCUGAUACUUAAAAGCAGUAUCACAGAUUUGUAUGAGAGUCAACUCAAAAUUGAAUUGUAAACAUCAAAUAGAAAUGUCCAGUUUGGGCUCGUUUUUAAGUACUGUCCGGUUGAAACCUCCUGAAUCAUGUAAUAGUAUUAACAAACUAGAAACUGACCGUUUGUUUUCAUGCUGAUUCAACACUCCAAAUAUAGACUGAAUAUGUAUUUACCAACUAAUCAUUCACAUGUAAAGUUUUUUAUUUCUAGGGUGCCUAUUUAUUUUUAUAUGUUUUCUUCUGGUUAUAAGCUUAUAAUAACUUUUUAAAUGAUGCAACCAAUAAUUGUUGUAAUGUUCAAAAUACUUCAAAGUAUUUUCAUGUGAAGUCAGUUUCUUCUGGUUCAGAAUUUUGGGGGGGAUAAACUGAUUUUUAACUUCA